AUGUCAGAUAUCAUUCUGAAUCUGGACACAGCCCUUCACGAGUGUCCAAAGAGGGGCUCUGAAGGCAGCAAGAAGCACCAGCGCUUCGUCAGACGACGACGCUUCUUGGAGAAAAAGGGCUUCUUGAAACAGAAGCAGCUGCCGCCAGAAUCUGCCCUGCCCAAACGCGAUGCUUCUCACAGGGGCAGAGGGGUGGACCGGGAGAGGGGAAAGAAGAGACAGAAGACUGACAGUCAGGGUGGCCAAGGAGGGGAAGGAAAGGAGGGUGACUUUGUGCGCGGGCCCAAAAUGCUGCCCAAGGAAAAUGCCACUCGCAGCAGCAAGACUCCAGGGCCUCGUCCCUGCAGCCAGCCUGGGGUCCUGGCAGCACCCAGCAAAACAGGAAGCGGCUCAGCAAAGCCCAGCGGAACCACAAACAACUGCAGCACAGGUGGCCUCAGCCAAGCCCACCUGUGGAGCGAGUACGAGAGUGGCCUCUCCGCUGCAGCAAUGGUCCUGCCCAGCAAAAUGGUGGCCAUUGACUGCGAGAUGGUGGGCACCGGGCCCGGGGGGCGGAACAGCGACCUGGCCAGGUGCAGCAUCGUGGGCUAUUACGGCGACGUGAUGUACGACAAGUACAUCCGGCCAGUCGAUCCCAUUACCAAUUACCGGACACGGUGGAGUGGAAUCCGGAGGCAUCACAUGAUGAACGCUGUCCCAUUCAAGGCAGCCCAGAAAGAGAUCCUGAAGAUCCUGUCUGGGAAGAUCGUCAUUGGUCACGCAAUCCACAAUGACUUCAAGGCCCUCAAAUACUUCCACCCCAAAUCAGCCACCAGGGACACUUCGAAAAUCCCCCUCCUCAACCGCACAGCCGGCUUCCCGGAGAAUGAAUCAGCCUCACUGAAGCGCCUCACCAAGCAGAUCCUCCACAGAGACAUCCAGGUUGGCCGGCACGGCCAUUCUUCGGUUGAGGAUGCCCGGGCCACCAUGGAGCUGUACAAGGUGGUCGAAGCCGACUGGGAGAGCUACUUGGCCUCGUGUCCGGCGCAGGACUGAU